AUGUGGGAAGAAGAGUUCCUUUCUGAAGAUGUAGGGGUAACUGUCCUUACGGACAGGAACUUCGUCCCUCGCGACGAAGACUGGGCUGAUUUUUUUGUCGAUGCCCCUGUGGAUGUCCCAGCCUCUGGCCCUAUCACUCUGCCCUCGCCCCCGAACCUGGGCGGAGCGGGUUGCAGCGGCUGUCGAGUCUUGCAGGCGACGGCUGGCGGCCGCCACCGCCGAAUUCCGGGCCCGGAUAAUGGCGAUGGAUCAGGAGCUGGGGCUUAG